AUGAGAUACUUGGUCAGAGCUUUACCUUCAAGUUACAGUUAUAUUGAAGAUUUUAUUGACGUAAUUCCAGAAGAACAAAGAAAAGUAGAUUAUGUAAAGUCUAAAAUAAAAGAGAAAAAUAUGACUAGUAGUGAACCAGACAAGAAAAGCAAUAUAAUCAACGCCAGCAAGGACCACAAAGAGGUUACAACAGAGGUGGAGUUCAUCGAGGUCAUGGCCAAGGCAAAGGUCAAGGUCAGCUCAGAGGUGAGUCAUUCAGCACUCAACAAGAUGGCUCUGCGGCAGAGUCAUGGACUACUCAGAUUCUGGAGCUUCCCCCUCGGAGCGAUUAAUAUUUAUAAUCCUGAAGAUAUUGAAGUAAUCCUUUCUGAUAUGAAAUAUCAUCAAAAGAGUCAGGUUUAUUCUUUUUUGAAACCAUGGUUGCAAGACGGAUUGUUAUUGAGCUAUGAAACUUUACUCCUAGAAGAUGCCAGUGAACUUAAAGGCAUAUUUUCAAGAUCCGAUCCAGGGUGCGAAAGACGUCUUUGA